AAAUAAAGAGAAAAUAAGGUAAAAGAAACUCUUCAAAACCGUAGCCUACCUUUUCCUUCUUCCUCUGCUCUCCUUUCUUCUCUCUCUCCCCCUACUUGAUCGGAUUCUCCCGCUAUUGGAAGGAAACCGUAGCCCUAGUCGGUGAAGAAAUCCUACUUUUCUUCUUCUUCUUCUUCUUUUUUCUUCUUCUCUGUGUGUGUGUGUGUGUUUUCUGGCCUUCGAGGAGCACUUUGGUGGCGAGAUUCGGCUUCCGAGUCGUCGUUAUAGUCCAAGAGGAAGGUUAUUCGGGGAUAUCUGGCGUAGGAAAUGGAAGGGGGUGCGGGGGGCUGCAAUCAGCGGUCGCCGGAGGAGGUCUUUAGGGAUUUCCGAGGCCGGCGGGCCGGAAUAGUCAAGGCUCUCACAACUGAUGUGGAAAAGUUCUACCGGCAAUGCGAUCCUGAAAAGGAGAACUUAUGUCUAUAUGGACUGCCUAAUGAGACGUGGGAAGUGAACUUGCCAGCUGAGGAAGUUCCUCCUGAGCUUCCAGAACCUGCAUUAGGCAUUAAUUUUGCUCGGGAUGGAAUGGAUGAAAAGGAUUGGUUGUCGCUAGUUGCAGUUCAUAGUGAUGCAUGGUUGUUGGCUGUUUCCUUUUACUUUGGGGCACGCUUUGGUUUUGAUAAGGAGUCAAGGAAGCGACUCUUCAACAUGAUAAAUGGUCUUCCAACCAUUUAUGAAGUUGUGACAGGAAUCACCAAGAAAGAAUCGAGAGAGAAAAUCCGUAAUAGCAAUGGCAAGAGCAACAAGUCUGGUUCAAAGCCUUCAAGAUCAUUUGAGUCUCAUGCAAAGGCCACAAAGAUGCCUUCACCAAAAGAGGAAGAGAGUGAAGGAGAGGAUGUGGAUGAGGAAGAGCAUGGGAACACUUUGUGUGGUGCCUGCGGGGACAACUAUGCCAAUGAUGAGUUUUGGAUUUGCUGCGACAUGUGUGAAAAAUGGUUCCAUGGAAAGUGUGUUAGGAUCACGCCUGCACGGGCUGAGCAUAUCAAGCAGUACAAAUGUCCUGCAUGCAGUACGAAGAGAGCCCGACCUUGAAUGAACAGGAAGAAUGUGUUUUUUGUUUUAGAUAUAUGGGGCUUCAGAAGGAAGAAUCAUUUUGGAUGCAGCGGUUACUGGGACUGCAUGCUGGAGUCUCUAUGAUAUUAUCUUAGACUAACUUAAUGUUAUGUUGGUGUGACAAUUGCUUGUUGUUUAUAGUUAUUAGUAUUUAGCAAACUGGACCAAGUGAACUGUUUAUAUUUUAUUUUGUAUCUGAACAAAUCUUAACUUUCUUAUGCACUGCUUCCUGUAGAUAAUCUAUUUUGUUGCUUUUGGA